AUGGCGACAAAUGCACAGCCGAUCCCCGAACUCGGGGAGUUCAUCAUUGCGAAUAAGGAUAAACUCCGCAAUACUGGACAGGAGUCAGAAAUGAACAGGCUCUUGACUGCGAUUAAACUGGCAGCGAAAGUCGUGAAUCGAGAGAUCAACAAGGCGGGUCUUGCGGAUAUCUUGGGCGCAGCGGGCAAUCAAAACGUCCAAGGAGAGGAACAGCAAAAGUUGGACGUCUUCGCCAACCAUAAAUUCAUCCAGGCUCUCGUCAAUCGCGAAGUCGUGUGCGGCAUCUGCACGGAAGAAGACGAUGAUUUUAUCGAGGUUAACAGGGACGCACACUUUGUGAUGCUUAUGGAUCCUCUCGAUGGUUCCUCAAACAUCGACGUGAACGUCUCUGUGGGGACGAUUUUCUCCAUCUACCAGCGUGUUUCCCCACUGGGCUCGCCUCCCGAGAUGCGCGACUUCCUCCAACCAGGGAACGCACAGAUUGCUGCGGGUUACGUCUUAUACGGGUCUUCUACGAUGCUUGUUAUGACGACUGGCGAUGGGGUCAACGGUUUCACUUUGGACCCUUCUCUCGGCACAUUCUUCCUUUCCCACAGAGGCAUGCGAUUCCCGGAGAAGGCUCGUAUCUAUAGCGUGAACGAAGGCAACUACCAGGCGUUCCCAGAGGGUGUGAAGAAAUUCCUGGAGGAGUGCCAUGACGAUAAGACUGGGCCGUUUUCACUACGUUACAUUGGCAGUCUGGUCUCCGAUUUCCACCGGAACCUGCUGCAGGGAGGAAUCUACAUGUACCCCCCAACCAAGAAAGACAAAAAGGGCAAAUUGCGGUUGUUGUACGAGGCGAACCCUAUGGCGUUCCUCGCGGAGCAGGCUGGGGGAAAGGCGACUGAUGGAUUCGAUCGCAUCAUGGACAUCCAGCCGUCAGAGCUGCACCAGCGCGUUCCGCUCAUGAUUGGGACAGCGAGGCUCGUCGACCGUCUCGAUGCGCUCAUGGCCGAGCAUAGUCCGGAGUGCCGCUUGCAUGCCAGCUGCGUGGGUACUAACAACGCGUAG